UUACUUAUGCAGCGACCAAGCCAUGUCGCAAACAUUGAACAAACGCGUCUGAAAUUUUUCCUAGACGAGCCGGACUAUGCGUAUGGUAUGGAUCCUAAAGCCUUUCAUGAGACAAUAAAGACAGAAUAUCCUUCUCUCAACUCAACCACUUACCUCGACCACGCCGCGUCCACUCCGCCUCCACGGUCAACCCUCAUCAGUUUUGCGGAGCAGGCCACAAAUAAUCUAUACUCGAACCCGCACUCCAGAUCGAGCUCCUCCACUGCGACUUUGCUUGAAAUCGAGCGAUGUCGAGGGCGUAUUCUUGAAGAGCUAUUUGGGCUGACUGAUCCGUCAGCGAGGGGCCAAUGGGAUGUUGUCUUCACCUCCGGGGCGACUGCAGCUCUCAAACUCGUGGGGGAGGCAUUUCCGUGGGCAAACUCCCACUCUAAGUAUAUCUACCUGAAACAGAGCCACACGAGUCUUGUUGGCGUCCGUGGUUGCGCUUUGGCUCACGGGGCAGUUGUCUCGACUUGCAAUGUGACUGAAAUGCCGGGGUUGGAGCAUCCAGAGGCAGACUCGACAUUGUUCGGUUAUGCGGCCCAGUGUAACGCUACGGGCUCGAGACUGGGGUUGGGAUAUUGUCAACAGCUGAAGGAGAGACACCCUACAUCAUUUGUUUUGCUAGACGCGUCAGCAUAUCUCUCCACCGCCGUCCUCGAUCUUGCCUCCGUUCCCACAGAAUAUGCGCCCGACUUCAUCGCUUGUUCUUUCUACAAGAUUGUCGGCUAUCCCACGGGCCUUGGCUGCCUCGUGGUCAAGCGCACCUCGGGGGCGAUUUUACAGCGGAAUGGGUAUUUCGGCGGGGGCACCAUUGAUUCAAUUUCCGUCUCCUCUCCCGAGUGGUCUCGGCCGCGAAGGUCCUUAUUACCGGGGCCAAUACACGAGCGGUUUGAAGACGGCACAUUACCGUUUCUGAAUAUCAUCGCCCUCAACUGCGCGCUGGAGACCCACCGUAGACUCUUCAAAUCCCAGAGGCACAUCUCAAAACAUGUUUCUGCGCUACUCCGGUUCGCAACGCGAGAGUUGGCCUUGCUAACCCACGAAAAUAGUCGACCUGUGGUCAAACAGCACCAAGCUUUUGCUUCACUAGAAGAGCCGGGACCAACCAUCGGAUUCUCUAUACUCGACCCAGCGUCUGAAUACGUGGGACAUACCAACUUAGAGCAACUCGCUACAGUUAAUGGAUUUCACAUUCGAACAGGCGGUUUGUGUAACACUGGUGUUCUGGCCUCGACUUUCAAUAUCAGCGACGAUGAUCUCCAGCGGGAAUAUAACCGGGGCAGAUCUUGCUGGGAUGACGAGGAGUUUGGCGGCAUUGGGACUGAUUACAAGUACCCACUUGGCAUGGCUCGAAUAUCCUUCGGCGCUUGCUCAACUAUCGACGAUGUUCUACAAUGGCUUUCCUUCCUCCGGCGGUAUUUCGUCGUCUCCGACAAAAUUACCUCUCUUCUAGAACCCGUGAAGCAACCGUCGAUUUCGGCGUCCCUCAAGGGGCUGAUGCUAUACCCUAUAAAAUCGUGUGGCGGCCAACCUGUUGGUAGGUGGGAGAUCGUAAGUACAGGACUGCGAUAUGACCGCGAGUGGAUGCUUGUCGAUGCGGCCACUGGCAAGACACUUUCUCAGAAGCGAUACCCUCGUAUGGCUCUAAUCAGACCGACCGUUGUUCCUGAAGAUCGAGUAUUAAUUAUCUCGGCUCCCCAGCGACCAGAUUUAUGCCUCCCGCUUGACACAUCAGAUGAACACGUGACCGCGGCCAAUAUCUGCAGCGAUGUUGUGCCAGUGACCUCUGUAAAUAUCGACAUCGACGAGUGGUUUACAGCAUUCCUUGGCAUGCCGUGCUGCUUACGGAGACUGUCCAGUAGUGCGCGUCGACACGCACAUUUUGACCGUGCGACAGGCGCGGUGCCGAUUCUACUUUCAAACGAAUCGCCCUUCCUGCUCAUCUCCCAACCUUCUGUUGAUCAAGUCAGCGACUGGAUACACGAGAGUAACGACAUCGAAAUCCAUGCUGACUGCUUCCGAGCGAACUUUCUUCUCGGCGGCGGCACCGCGUCGCUCCCGCCAUUUGUAGAAGACACUGUUGAUCUUUUGCGGAUUGGGAGCGAGACUUUUCAAGUGCUGGCCCGUUGUCGGCGGUGUUUGAUGGUCUGUGUUGACCAGAACACUGGGUGCCGUAUGAAGGAGCCGUUCAGUUGUCUUGCCCGCAAACGGAAAAGCCCACAAGGCAAGAUUGAAUUUGGAGUACAUCUGAUGUGGAGGGAGGACUUGAGCACGGGGUCGCUGCCCACCAUUUGUGUGGGUGACCCAGUUACUUUUGUUUCGCUGCGGGAGAAUAAUGGUUAG